GCAUUAUUUUUACCUGAAACAUGCGCUUGUGGUUUGCCCUGAAGCUGUCAUCUCUAGUAUUGCAACAAAAUUUUGCAAAUUAUGGCCGCUGCAAUUCCGAGGAAUGUUGCCUCCUUAAAGACAAAAUGUGGUACCGAGGUGCACAAACAACAGCAAGCCACCAUCAUGGAUAACUUGAACAACAUGAGGAAACAGGGGACUCUUUGUGAUGUGAAUCUGGUGGUCCAAGGGAAGUUCUUCGCUGCCCACCGAGCUGUACUUGCAGCUGCAAGCCAUUUCUUCAGCCUGAUGUUCACCACUAAGAUGAUGGAAUAUACAUCGCAAGAGGUGGAGCUGGGGGGUGCCGAACCUACCAUCAUUGAGCUACUGAUUGAAUUCAUCUACACUGCCAAAAUCUCAGUGAAUAGCAAUAAUGUCCAGUCAUUGCUGGAUGCAGCUAACCAAUACCAGAUUGAGCCAGUGAAGACAAUGUGUGUGGAGUUUCUUAAAGAACAGAUUGAUGCUACAAAUUGCCUUGGAAUAUCUGCCUUAGCUGACUAUAUGAACUGUGAAGAACUAAAGACAGUGGCAGAAGACUUUGUACUGUUAAACUUCACUGAAGUUUAUAAGCAGGAAGAGUUUCUACAACUUGAUGUGACACAACUUGUUCAUUUUCUCCACCAGGACAAGCUUGUUGUUCUAUCUGAGGCUCAGAUUUAUGAUGCUUCAGUGCGCUGGCUCAAGUAUGACAUCUGUAAUAGAGAGCAGUAUAUGGUUCAGGUGCUGGGAUGUGUUCGUUUUCCUUUGGUCUCCAAAACUUUCCUGUCCAAGACUGUACAGGCUGAACCUCUCUUCCAGGACAAUCCAGAGUGUCUGAAGAUGGUCAUCAGUGGCAUGACAUACCACCUGGACCCUGACCAACACCAGCAGACCUCUGGAGAAAAGAUUCAACCUCGACAUAACAAAUGCAACCACGUAAUCGCUGUGUUUGGAGGUCCCCAGUUACAGACUACAAACUGCUACUACUUUUACCCCAAGGAGGGUACUUGGACAGAAGUUGGGAGCUCCUCUGUUAAGAGUCAAGGGGGCACAGUGGUUUUCUGUAGUAAUGUAGUCUACUUUAUGGGUGGACGCAGGGCUUACCAAAUGGCUGCCUACAAUGUCCUGACACGACAAUGGCGGCAGUUUGCUGCACCAACAAAUCGAGAGUUUCUAGCUGCCUGUGCCUCCGAGGGAAAUAUUUACACAUCUGGUGGAGCAGUUGGAAAGUCUGCUCUGGCUGUUUUUGAAUGUUUUGACACAAGGACAGAGUUUUGGCAGGUGAAACCCAGCAUGUUAAUUGCACGACGUGGCCACAGCUCUGUGGAGGUAAGCGGCCUCAUUUACGUCUGUGGAGGAACUCACACAAACAAUGCAUCCAGCAGAAUCCUCAACGAGUGUGAAGUCUUUGAUCCAAACACAGAGCAAUGGAGUAAGAUAUGUAGAAUGAAAGAAGCAAGGAAGAACCAUGGAUUAGUGGUGGUAAACAAUAAGAUUUAUGCUGUUGGAGGGCAAGGGGCAACAGGGGGACUGGACUCAGUGGAGUACUAUGAUAUUGACAAUAACAAAUGGUAUAGUGCAUCACCAGUACCAUGGCGAGGGGUAAGUCUAAAAUGUGCAGCUGUGGGAGAGAAAAUCUAUGUGCUCGCCGGGAAAGGAUUUCAGUGGCUGUCACACUUAAAGCAUGUACUGGUGUACAACACUCGUACUGAUCGGUGGAUAACUUGCCACAAGACUGAUGCUUUUUCGCUUCCUACCUGUCUAAUAUGUGUGAUCAAUUUGCCCCACCACGAUGAAGACAAGUAACCAAUGUCAGACCAAAACUAUGUUUUACACCUUGAAAGAAGUGGAUGGAUCUGUAUACUUAAAGUAUCAUUUCAAAAUAUUUUUAUAAUUUAAAAUAUUUUUAUUUGUAAUGUACAGUGUGUUUUUGCAAUAAUAAACAUUUUUAAA